GAUCACACCUCCAACUGCUCGAGCGGAAAGGUAUGUACCGCAAUUUAAUACGUCACAUUCAUAUCGGCACAUUACAAGUAACCGCUGAUUAAACACGAAUUCGUUGUCCACCUUCAUAUUGCUCACGAAUGUGCACACAGCCUGCCCUGCGAGCGCUUUAGGAGUAAACUUUCAACGUAGCCUUCUGUCUGGACGUCAAAACAUGCCAGUGUUCACGAUGUAACGCUCACAAAAUGCGCGGUAUGCACUCAUUAUUCAUGCUAUGUACUUUAUUUCGCGUGCAGAUGAGGACAAGUAAGUAUACUGUCGCCAACGCGGUGCAUUCUACCUCCAAGCCACUAUAAGCUCUCGGCAGCGGCCUCAUACCGAGAGUUGUCUUUUCACUUAUUUUAUUUAUUUACUUACAAUACUACUACCAGUCUCUACUGAGACCGUAGCAGGUGGGCACAAUGUGCAAAUUACGUUAACCAUCAAGGAAUACAUAAAAAAGAUGUGAUAUCAACUUUGCACUUUACACAUGGGCAAUCUACAGUACAAAAUGUAUACACGAAACACAAGUACAUAUAAAAUGGCAAAUGAAACAAUACACGUUGCAUACACUACAUGCACAAGGUACAAGUAAAUGCUGGUUUGCAUAAUUGAUAGUACUGACAAUUUUGAAAUGCUAUGAUAUUUUUUUAAUGUGUGUCUCAAACCUAGACAGUGGCUCGGCGUUAGUGUUUGGAGGCGCUAACAUGUUCCAUUCACGAAUGGCAACCGGAAAAAAGGAACAUUUAAACACAUCAUUGUUACAUUUAUACUCUACUAAAGUGUUUGUAUGUUUGUGUCUGGUAGCUCAAGGCACAAGCGUACAACCUUAUGUCUUCUUUGUCUAUAAUUGCGGUGACUAUAAUUGUGGUCGCACGAAGCGUCACAAAAUGUCGGUGCCGUCGUCGGGUAACUCGGGUAUUCCGUUAACCCCUUUGCGUAUAACGGAAUACCGGGCAAGAUAAAAACCUAUAUCAUAACACGCCCCACCCCUUUUGUAUUUCACAAUCCCAUGUUCCUGUCAUCUAAUCUAUCUCCGCUCACAAUUUCGCUGCUUACUUUUUAACAGCAUAUUUGUUCGAAAAGUGCACCGGCCGCUUCUUUUGCUCGACGCAUAAAAACACUAAAAAAUGUCCAUUCAUCGUGGCUGCACUGGCUAAAGUCGGCUAGUGUCGGAUAAAUUGCGUCUAAUACCGGCUGGUAUUUGCUAACAUUGGCCAAACAUGGCUGAGUGAGAGCUUACGUUGGGUAGUGCUGGCUUACUAUUCGUAAAUGUCGGCCAACGUUGGCAUGCCUUGCCUAAAUUAUGGCUGGCGUCAUCUAAUCUGGAUUAUUGUUGCCUAUUCGCUGUCACAACAGCCAGAUUGUCUUCAUUAAUUCUGAACGCAAUAUCUUAGUUGUCACAAAUAUUACACGCAGCUUCAAUCUUUCAGAUUCGUCUCCUACUUCAACAGUGGCCUCCGCGAUCAGCUCCGGUAGAGCGCCAUUGCUGCCGAAGCUGAUCUCGGAGGCCACGCUUCAGCGACAUAUCGACAUAUUCUUGCCGUUAUCAGAGUGUACGCUUUCGGUGUAUGCUGAAGGAAAGGUUGUGUCGUAAUACGUGUUGGACUCCAUAUGUUUACCGAAAAACCAAAAAGACGCGUACCAUCAAGGAAAAAAGUAAGGACAGGACAGAAAGGGCGUCCAUAUGUUGUCGCAUACACGUAUACAACAACCUCAACUGGUUCUGGCUGAAUAUUUUGUUUCUUUGUUUUUGUUCCUCUGCCUCUAAAUCCUCCCAGGGACAAGAAACGCUUCUUCGCUAUGCUCCUCGCGUGCUGCUGUCUGGUGGCCUUGCUUGCAUUGCUGUGCAUCGUGUACGCUACCACCAACUGGUUUUCCGGUGAAGAUGCAUCGGACGAGGAGAAUACCGACAAAUCGGCUAUUUACUCAAAGCAAGGCGGCGGUGGUGGCACGCAGACUACCGCAGCGACAACCGCUACCAAAAGCGUGCCAACGACUCCGGCCAAAACCACACCACCGAUAUUCCCACGAACGACCCCAGCGGCGAAGCCUACGACGCCACCAAGUGCGCCGACAACACCGAAGCCAACGCCGUCGACGUCGAAGCCAACACCGUCGUCGACGUCGAAGCCAUCACCGUCGUCGACGUCGAAGCCAUCACCGUCGGCGACGUCGAAGCCAACACCGUCGUCGACGUCGAAGCCAACGCCGUCGUCGACGUCGAAGCCAACAACGUCGUCGACGUCGAAGCCAACACCGUCGUCGACGUCGAAGCCAACACCGCCGUCGACGCCGUCAUCAUUACCGACGACUCCGCCAUCACCACCGACGACGCCAAAGACGGAGCCUCCGGGCCUGCGUCGCUACACGACCGUGUGCACGGUGAGCUACCUCGCCUUCGGCCUGCCUUUGCCCCUGGGCGGCGAGUGCGACAUCAUCUACUACGACUCGCUGCUCCUGCGUCCGGAAGACACCUUCAUGGGCACCUUCACCAACGCCUACCUGAAGCCCAUCUUCGACGCCGCAAACGACGGCAGCCACAAGACCCAAUUUGGGAUGUCCAUACACGCGCCGGCGAUCAACGACUUCACCACGGAGGUCAAAUCAGCUGCCGGCAUGCAGCACUACAAGGACCACUGGCAGCACAAGUUAUACCACUGGGGUGUCGUCAACAUACACGAGCUGAUUCUGAAGACCACUCCGGAUAUCCUCAAGGCUUCGCUCACCAUACUGAAGGAGCUGAAGGAUACUGCAACAGCAGCGGGAAAGAAUGCCUCCAUGGUUGUGGGGCUUUUCUGCAAGUCUCCAGGCGGCUGCGAUAAAGUGACAGAGUACCUCAAGACGGUGUACCUACCAGACGGUAUUCUGGUCUUGGGACACUUAUCUUACCGCGACAACAACAUCAGCGACUGCACCAUCUUGCCACGUAGCAUCAUACAGGACCCGGUAGUCAUGUACAAGAACCUGUCCUACAUGCAUGCACUCAAUGACUCCAUAAACACGGUGAGCUAUCUGCAGGCGCAAGGUCUGGACACCAUGUACGCCGUCACAGCGACGAUGGCUGGCCGUUGGUACAAGCCAAGACAGCCGGAUAACCACAAUGUAAAGUACCCGGGAAAGUACCGCGUGAGCUACCAUUGCAAAGUGGAAGACUACCCGCAGAAGGCGCACGUACAAGACGUAUGCGGCAACAAGAGCUUGGAAUUCACUAAACACUUCGAUUACACGGCGUAUCACCUCACCGCGUUCGCCUGGGACAAGAAAGCGGGCCUUACGGUAACCUUCGAGUCGCUGGAAGCUUUACAGAAGAAGAUGUGCUUCGCGUUCGAGAACCACACGACGCUCCUCGUCGGCGUCUCGAUUUACGACGCCAACUACGACGCCGCGCCCAGGAACUGCAAGAAUUUCCGGGGAGACCCCUGGGCGCGGGUGUCGUGGAUCGACAAGAUGCGGAAGCUGCUCAACGUUCCGCAGCCGUACGCACCGGGCCAAUUCCUGGGCGUGUGCCUGCACAAUACAUAAAUGACGGAGGAGGACCAUAGCUAUUGAUCGGGUACCUGCCACCAGUGCCUGGCUACCAACGCCUCGUUGGACUUGUAUGCGAUUGAGAAACGC